AUGACUAUCUUGUGCCUGCACGGCGGCUACGGCAGCGCCAAAAGCUUCGAGGUCCAGCUCGAACCUCUGACCAGCGUCUACCGAUCCCUGUACCCCGAUGUUUCCUUUCACUUCAUAGACGGUGGACAUCGCUCCGACGCGCCCCCAGAAUCUCAGGGUUACUUCGGCCCGCCGCCUCAUUACCGGUUUCUAGAACACGAUGGCAUUGAGCGGUCCGAUGAUAUUAUGGUGCGGAUCCGUCAGCUGCCGAGAGGAGCCACAGCCGAAGAAACCAUGCGGGUGUUAAUGAAUGAACACGCAAUGAUGUCGGCACGUUGUGUGAGGGAGGCGUUGGACAGGCUGUUAAAGAUACUGGAUGAACAUCCUGAAAUUGACGGUCUUCUUGGCUUUUCAGAGGGUGCUAUAAUCGGUUCUACCCUAUUGCUCGAAGAGGAGCGACUCGUGCGGGAGACGGGCAGGAAAAGACAGCUUAAGUAUGGGGUCUUCCUCGCAGGCUGGUCUCCCCUCCGAAUAGUGGGUGAUCGAGUAAAAGGCUGUGUGGCAGAUGAAUGCGAGGACAUUAUUGAGGUCCCGACAUGUCAUAUUAUCGGGGCGAAUGACCCCUACGUAGAUGGCACUAUGGCGUUGUAUGGGAUGUGCGAUCCCGAUACGGCCAUCAUGUUUGAUCAUGGCAAGGGCCACACAAUUCCGCGGGACGCGGCGACAAUGACAGAGGCGGCGGAGGCGAUUGAGCAGACUAGAAAACGGGGAAUUGCUGCGGGGAAUGUGUAG